AUGACUACAGUACACCACUGCCAUAUCCGGCAUUUGGCUAUGAUGCGCAGAUAUCUCGAAACUCUUACUACUCAACUGAAUAUUGAGGUGCAGGAGUUACAAGCUAGACGACAUUACGCCCUUGAGCAGCUUGAAGGACUGUCGAAUCAAAGUAGAUGCAAUUGUGAGCGUGAAGAAAUUUUGCUGCCUCCAACGCAACCAACAGCGGAGCCAAAAGCUGAGAGUCAAUUUCUUCGAAACGCGUCGUGGCAGCUGAAACCGACGGAAUCAAAGGGUUCAGAGACCAAAUCGCUACGAUCGCAUUAUCUCAUGGCUGCUACAAGUCCCUCGUCGAGUACGGCGCUCACUCCAUCGCUGUCUAAUGCUUCCUGCAAUCAUUUGUUUGUAGAGGCACGCACGGAAACCUUGUAUAUGACUGAUAUCAACGAAUUCUUCAUCUGCAAACUAUGCAAAGGCUAUUAUCGAGACCCGUAUACUGCAAAAGAGUGUCUGCACACCUUCUGUCAUGGCUGUAUACGAGGGUUCUAUUUGCACACACCAUCGUGUACUUGUCCAACGUGUGACGUGGAUCUGGGUGCCAAACCAUGGACCCAAUUCAUUCCUGAUCCAGCAAUGAAAGAGCUCUCUGAAAAGUAUUUGCCAGAUUACCGUGCAGCUGAAGAAAGGGAAGAGCGAUUGUUCUACGCAAAGUUUGGUAUCAAGCGCAAACAACCUGAUACUCCAUGUAAGAAUCGCCAGAGUGCUUCAAAGCUCGGUCGUGCGCUUGGCCCGUCAUCUCCGGGACAUAUGAUUCAGUUUGAGCUGCAUCCACAGCGCAGUCCGGAUGUCCCUCUAUUUCUCCUCCUCGGCGAACUCAAGGCUCCGUGUAUGAACACGCAGUCAUUUUUCAAGGUCAUGUAUCUGCGCAAGUACCUGGCUAAGAAGCUGAAUAUCUUGAAGCCUGAGGAGAUCGAGAUUUUAUGCAACGGUACAGUUGUAGGUCCAGAGUAUUCGCUCGAGUUUAUUCGGCGCACUCGCUGGAAAGACGACUCCAAGAUGAUUCUCGAGUAUCGACGCCAGAUAGUUGCCUCAUAG